AUGGAUGCCGUGGGGAAGAUGGAGAAGGAUGGAUAUAUUCUCGGCGGCGUCUUGGGCGAGCGGUUCGGACUGGCGACAGCCCCCGACCUGGACGAGCUGGACGACGACCGGAGUCCCCAGCGUAGCGCGCACACCGGGCGACAUGGCCACAUAAAGUAA